UCUGCUUUCUCGGCCCACGCCCAUAUUAUGGGAGAAAAAUCUUACCCAGAACGCCAUGUGAUUCACAUGUUCUUCUAGGCACACUCCAUCACAACAAAAAUUGCAAACGUGGCUAGCUGGCGUACGGUCUCUCCAUACACCGCCACCACAUAGAACCACUGAUCGACACGUUUGCGCCUUCAUUAAGCUGAGGAAUAGUUGUAACUUGUAAGUUGUAAGCAAGCAAAUCCAUAAUAAAUAGCAUCAUCGUGCUGAGGGACAAUGACGUCUUCAGUGGUUGAAGGUGGACGCGACGAGGGGAAACACGAACCCUCGGAUUUCAUCACGGAAACCAUGAAUCUGCCGUCUCCAAACCUUUCACUUCCCAGUGAAACUGAAACAUUCUUGAGCGCAGCAAUUUCCCUCAAGGACAAGGUGGUGGAGGAGACUUGGAACCGGAGAGAUCAAGUGGUUGAUCCGACGGUGUACACGGGUCUGUUGGGCACCGCCUUCACUUGCUUGCGGUCGUACCAGGUUACCGGUUGCCGGAACGACUUGAUAUUAUGCAGCGAUAUCAUUGACACGUGUGUCACCGCUGCACGUGCCUCCCUCAGGCACGUGACUUUUUUGUGUGGUAGAGGAGGCGUUUAUGCGCUUGGUGCUGUCGUUGCCAAUUACAUGGAGGACCUUCCAAAGCGUGACCUGUUUUUGGGUCUAUUCUUUGAGGUGGCAAAAGAGAGAGCCCUACCAGUUGGACCAGAGGAAGGUGGUUUUGGAAUGUCAUAUGAUCUUCUGUAUGGACGAGCUGGAUUCUUAUGGGGUGCAUUGUUUGUGAACAAGCACCUAGGAGAUGAUGCAGUGCCCAAAGACAUUUUGAUGCCUAUUAUUGAUGCAGUGUUGGCGGGUGGUAGAGCAGGAGCAUCUGAUGUUGAAGACUGUCCAUUGAUGUAUAGAUGGCAUGGAACUAGGUACUUGGGUGCAGCAAAUGGCCUUGCUGGUAUCCUUCAUGUGCUGCUACAUUUUCCACUUCCUAGAGAGGAUGCUGAGGAUGUCAAGGGAACUUUGAGGUACCUCAUGAGUAAGCGUUUCCCUCACAGUGGAAACUACCCCUCCAGUGAAGGGAAUCCGAGGGAUAAGUUAGUGCAAUGGGGUCAUGGUGCAACUGGCAUGGCCAUCACAUUGUCUAAAGCAGCACAGGUAUUUCCAAAUGACAGAGAACUACGAGAUGCUGCAAUAGAAGCAGGAGAAGUUGUAUGGAAGAGUGGAUUGGUGAAGAAGGUGGGACUUGCAGAUGGGGUAUCUGGAAAUGCCUAUGCCUUCCUUUCCCUCUACAGACUCACUAAAGAGAGCAUAUACGAAGAGAGAGCAAAGUCAUUCGCUUCCUUCAUGUAUGAUAAUGCAAAAUCUCUGGCUUCUGCCAAUGGCUAUUCACUUUCCCAAGGACUUGCUGGGACAGUAUGCCUCUGGUUUGAUCUACUUGCACCCGACAGCUCUAGGUUCCCAGGUUAUGAACUAUAGAUGGUUCCAGUAGAGAUGGAAAAUGUUAGGUAGACACCAAUCAUAAGUGAUAUGAUCUUGGUGAAAAGAAAAGAAAAAUAAUAGGUGUUUCAAGGAUUAUAUGAUAUAUAAGAUCCUAUAUAUCAUCUCUCGACUUGAUUAUAGCAAAACACGAGCCAUGAGGUUCUGCUACUGUAAAUAAUUUAGAUGAUAUAUUGUAUUUGACACUCUGACUGCCUUACAAUAUAAUCUAAUCUUUGAUCA